UAGUGUCUAACGAAGAGUGAGCACAAACGCUCGGUCCUUGUGCUUUGGCGCCAUCUGCUGGUACAUGUCGUGAUCUGUACAUCUGUUUGGGGUGCAGGAAUUUUUUGGCAUUUGUUUUUGAUUAUUUGAUGAGUUUAACAUUCAGUUCAAAUGCAGUUUUUUAUUCACUGUGUGUAAAAUCUUGCUUUAUUUUAGUAUUUAAAAAGAAGCUUCUUCAAACGUCACAUAUUGGAGAUAUGAGAAGAAUAACGUUCAUCCAAAAUCAUCACUAACGCGAUUAGACGUUUCCCAGUGUUCGGGGUCAGUUCCAAGAAAACUCGGCGCCUUUCUUCGUCUUGCUCUUUUGUGCGGAGGAUGAAGCAGGCCGGAUUUGGAGAGGGGCGGGGUGGGGGGCUCCGGGCCCUGUGGGGGCCUGCCACUCACACACCUCCGAAAUAACUCGCGUAGCGGACUCCCAGCUAUGCGUAGUAUAGAUGUCCUGUCGCUGCCAUACAGCACGCUGGGUUAAUAAUAGGAGCGCGGUUGUCAAGCUGUUUCAGAAGGGGGGAGUGUCGGCCCAUUCUUAUUGGACCCGUUUUAUCCUCGAGUUUCUCAUGAAGUGUGAGUGGGAGGAGAAUUUCCAGCAACGGAGGAUAUCAAAAAUAAGCCCCCUCGUGUCCAGAGAAGAAGGGAAAGUAUAAAUACCCCCGAUAUGUCCAGACUGCAGCGGUGCUGGUGAGCGGCAGAACAGGGAAUGAUAGCUGGUCGAAGCUGAGUGGGACUGGGAGCUCACUUUCAUUUCAGUAGAGACGUUAUUGCGACUGCAGAAGAGAAAGGACAUCAUCUUUGUUAGAGUCUUUAUUUUUGAUCCACUCUUCAGCGCGUUUCUGUCUGCAGACGAUGUGUGCCACUGCGUGUUUGCUCUUUUCGCUCCUGUGCGUAGUCAACGCGACACUUGCCUCUUCGUUUGAAUCAGAGGAUGUUGUACCUGUUCGGAUAAACGCAAGAACCAGCGGGCGCUUCUGGAAGAGAAGCGAGGAGCAGCCGAGGUUUGUCCUCAGUGCGUUUGGCAAAGACUUUACUCUAAACCUCGUCCCGGACACCAGCUUCAUCGCGCCUUCCUUCACCAUCCAGCGCGUCAAAGCCAGAGACGUUGAAACUUUACGCAGCGCUCCAGGUGCCCGAGCCGUCCCCCAGAAGCUUAUGAACAGGUCAGAGGAGAGCGAGGGCCACCUGAGGAGCUGCUUUUACUCCGGGAACGUGGAUCAAGAUCAGAACUCACUCGUGGCUGUCAGUCUGUGCUCGGGCAUCUUUGGCUCCUUUGUAACGGAGGGCAAAGAGUAUUUGAUUGAGCCCAAACUCCACGGCGGCCCGGGGCCAGCCUCUGCCGAGGAGCCGCACGUCAUCAGGAGGAGAACAUUCAACGACAGCAACGGUGUUUCCCUCCCGUCUGAUCACGCGGCCGUGGAGCAGCACAAUGGGGAAAGUUUUACGCACGGCGACGGUGACGCAAGGAGGGAACCACGCCGGAGACGCUUUGUCUCCGCGCCACGGUUCAUAGAGACCCUGGUGGUAGCAGACUCAACCAUGACCCACUUCUAUGGAGAUGAAAUAAAGCACUACAUCCUCACCCUCAUGUCCAUGGCCGCCCAGCUUUAUAAGCACCCCAGCAUAAAGAACUCUGUGAACAUGGUGGUGGUGGAGAUGCUGAUGGUGGAAGAUGAGGAAAUUGGACCGGAGGUCUCCAGCAAUGGAGGUGUGGCUCUGAGGAACUUCUGCUCCUGGCAGCAGCGCUUCAAUCCACCAAGCCAGAGGCAUCCCGAGCACUACGACACUGCCAUGCUGUUCACUAGAGAGAACAUCUGCGGUCAGAAGAGCUGCGACACGCUGGGCGUGGCCGAUGUCGGGACGAUGUGCGAUCCCAAGAGAAGCUGCUCGGUUAUCGAGGACAACGGCCUGCAAGCUGCCUUCACAGCUGCACACGAGCUCGGUCAUGUGUUGAGCAUGCCUCAUGAUGACUCCAAGACGUGUGAGAGACUCUUUGGCGAUUUGGGAGGUCAUCACCUGAUGGCGCCUGUGUUCGUCAGCCUCAACAAAACCAUGCCUUGGUCGCCCUGCAGCGCGCUCUACGUUACCGAAUUCUUUGACAACGGGCACGGGGACUGCCUGCUCGAUGUCCCAGAGAGCGCCAUGCCUCUACCAAAGGAGCUGCCAGGCUCCAAGUACAGCGUGGACCAGCAGUGCCAGCAGAUUUUUGGAGAGGAGUUCGUCCACUGCCCCAACACCUCCGACAGCGAUAUCUGCAUUCAGCUGUGGUGUCAGGAGGAGGGGACGCUGGAAUGCUCUACCAAGAAGAGCCUGCCCUGGGCUGAUGGCACCCCCUGCAGUGCCAAUGGAAGCUGCCUUCAUGGCGUCUGCGUGCCAGUCUAUGAGGCGAUGAAGCCACUGAUGGUUGUGGACGGCGGCUGGAGCUCGUGGGGACCGUGGCAGCAGUGCUCUAGGACGUGUGGAGGUGGGGUGGAGUUCUCCUACAGGGAGUGCACUAACCCAGUGCCUCAGAAUGGAGGGAAGUACUGUGAAGGGCAGAGGGUCCAGUACCAGUCCUGCAACAUACAGCCAUGUGACAACAAUGAAGGUAAAAGUUUCAGGGAGGAGCAGUGUGAGAAGUACAGCAGCCCCAACUACCUGGACCACAACGGGAACGUGAAACAGUGGAUACCAAAGUACGCUGGUGUUUCUCCCAGAGACAGGUGCAAGCUGUUCUGCAGGGCCCGGGGCAGCAGUGAAUUCAAGGUGUUUGAAUCCAAGGUGAUUGACGGGACCCCCUGUGGCCCUGACACCACAUCUGUGUGUGUCCAAGGACAGUGUGUGAAGGCAGGCUGCGACCAGGUGAUAGGAUCCAACAAGAGAGUGGACAAGUGUGGAGUGUGUGGAGGAAGUGGGCUGACCUGUAGAAAGAUCACAGGCUCGAGCAACAAAGCAACCUAUGGAUACAGUGACAUUGUCACAGUUCCCACUGGCGCUACUAACAUUGACAUCAAGCAGCGGAGCCACCGAGGAAUCAAGCACGAUGGCUACUACCUGGCUGUAAAGAGAGAGAGUGGCAGUUACAUCCUUAAUGGUAACUUCUCCGUGUCCACGGUUGAGCAGGACAUUCCGGUGCUGGGCGCAGUACUGAAGUACAGCGGCUCUUCCACGACGCUAGAGAGGAUCCAGAGCUUCAGGCAGCUCAAGGAGGCCAUCACCAUCCAGCUCCUCGCCACUGCAGGAGAUGGUAGCCCUCCCAAGGUCAAAUAUACUUUUUUCAUCCCUAAAGAUGUGACUUUGAACAAACCCAAGGAGAAGAAGGGCUCGUCCCUGUCUUUGCAUAUGAUUCGUCCGUUUGGCGUGCCUGAAUGGGUGCUGGGCGAGUGGUCUCUGUGCUCCAAGACCUGUGGAUCCGGGUGGUCCAGGAGAAACGUUGAAUGCAUGGACGACGAAGGCUUCCUCUCCAGUCAGUGUGACAAAGACCUAAAGCCCAUAGACAUCAGGCCCUGUGCAGAUCUGCCCUGUCCCAUAUGGCAGAUGGGACCUUGGUCUGCCUGCUCACGAACUUGUGGUCAGGGGGAGCGCCACCGCAGCAUUUUCUGCAUAGACUACACUGGCAAGACUGUUGAAGCAGAACAGUGCGAUCCAAGAAAGAUCCCAGAGCCGGUGUCUGGGGAAUGUUUCAACCAGGACUGCUUGUGAAGAACACGAGUACAGCGGACUCAUGGUCAUAGUGCACUUAUGAACAAUGGAUGGAUUACUGAACAGGUGGACGCACCAAGAAUAAUGCUGGGGUCCAUUAGAUCAGGGACAGUAUGACUACAAACACACACAGAGCGAUCCACAAAACCAAAGAAAUGAUAAUUAUGACCAUUCUUUUUCACCUGCAAGAUGUUUUAUGCCUUUCAAUCUGGAGGGUCCUGUUGUUACGCAGGAGUGGCAGUAGUGGCAGUGGUGGUGGGUGGGGGUUAAACGUCUACAUCCCAGGGCCCAUUGCCUCAUAAUCCAUCCAUCUUAUCGACUGGUUGCAUCAAAUCACAUCAAAGGCUUUUAGCUGAAUAUUGCUAUGUCAUUCUGUUGACAUCAUUUGACAACCACUAUUGAAACAAUGGAAAUCUACCUCAGGAUGUACAUGUGAUGCUAUGCAUAGUUGCUAAGAGAAGGUGCAGUGUGUGUGUUUCCUCCAGAAUGAGAGAUUUAGUCCAGCUUAAAAGAUUGUUUUUGGAGGCCGUCUGCUAUUAACAGCAGUUCGGUGGGGCUAGAACAAUGAAACCUGCUGUCAGACACCAGCACAGUGUAAAUAUACCUCGUCCAGCUGUAAUCCACAGAAUCAAGCCCCUAUAGAGCUUUGAUCGAGCCACUUGCCCUUAAAUAAGGUACGGACGUACGAUCGAGGCACUUGUGUGUGAUUGCUUCGUCUUUUCAAACACACAUUAAUGUAAUUUGUGUUAAAUUCGUGUGACGAGGACGUCAUGGUUUUAUCUGGAGAGUUAGUAUUGUUGAGCCAAACCCAUAGCUCUCACUAUAUUUACUGGCUGCUGGAGCCAACAUCAAAAGCUAGGCAUUUCCCACACUUUGUACAUGUAUUAGCCUCGAUCAUGUCUGGUCUUUCUGAUCGGACAACCCAACGACAGACCACUCGACCCCGUAACGUAACUGUAGCCUUGUUCCAUGUCCACGUGCAUCACAGUGUAGUUGAGCAACAGCAGUACAACCAGUCUGCAAUAUUUUAUUUUGGAGGUGUUAUUACUAAGUUAAGUGAUAAGCAUAUUAUCUAUCAUGUAUAUGAAAAAAUAACAGUAAUUUUAUUCAUUUUCCCUUUAGUUCAUGCAUCAUAUGCAAAUGUUUGCAGAUGUUUCAGACUCAUGUGUGUAUAUUUGAUUUCUUCAUUCCUGUUGUUAAUUUACAGUAUGUUAUAAAAGAGAUGGAGGAUUAGGCCUGUAUCCCUUCAGUGAAGGAAUAUGCUAUUAUUACAGCUUCCUUUUUAAGCUAUUUAUUUUUGUAAAGUUUUUACCUUGGACAUGUAAGUAACAUGGCAGACGCUGCUGUCUUUGAGAUAAUUGUCUAUAAAAUGGUCAAAUAAACACAUUUAUGUCGA